AUGUGUGACCAGCAGAAGCAGCCACAGUUCCUUCCAUCUUGUGUGAAAGGUUCGGGACUUGGAGCUGGGCAAGGUAGCAGUGGUACCUUGGGGAAAGGCCAAGUUUCAGGCCCGGUCCAAACUGUUUAUGCUCCAGGACCUGCUCUUUAUCAGCCUCAAACCAUCGUGAGGUACUCAGCUCCGGUUCCUGCUCCAGCUUAUGUGAAGUAUCAAGUUCCAUGCCAGACCAAAACCUACGUGAAAUGCCCAGCUCCAUGUCAGACAUAUGUGAAAUGCCCCGCUCCGUGUCAGACGACCUAUGUGAAGUGCCCAGCUCCGUGUCAGACGACCUGUGUCAAAUGUCCAGCUCCGUGUCAGACUCAGACAUAUUAUGUCCAGUAUGCAGUUCCUACCCAGACCUACUACACUCAGGCUUCUUCAAGUGGCUCAGGUUCUCAGGGUGGUGUCCCUGACCCAUGCUCUGCUCCCUGUUCCAUGAGCUACUGCUGUUUGGCUCCCCGUACCUUUGGGGUGAGUCCUCUGAGACGCUGGGUCCAGCGGCCCCAAGGAUGGAACACCGGAUCUUCUAGUUGCUGCGAGGACUCUGGAUGCUGCGGCUCUGGAGGCUGCGGCUCUGGAGGUUGCGGCUCUGGAGGCUGUGGAGGCUGCGGCUCUGGAGGCUGCGGAGGCUGUGGCUGUGGCUCUGGGUGCUGCUGUCUGGGAAUUAUUCCCAUGAGGUCACGCGGUCCUGCAUGCUGUGACAGUGGGGAUGACUGCUGCUGUUAA